AUGAGAAUCAGCGAACUAGCGGAGAGCUCGAAAAAUGUGAAGCGAAUGGGCGAAAUCGAUGAGGCAUUUCAGGGUCGAUACCCACCCCUUUGUGCUCUUGGAAGAGCUCUUCUCGCUGAAGGAGUUCUCUUGAAAAUGUGUCGAAAGAAGAUCAAGGAAAGAAAAUUCUUUCUAUUCAAUGAUAUGCUUGUCUAUGCAAAGAUUGCGGGUCACGAAUUGUAUUACGCACAAAGAACCAUUCCUUUGAAGACAUUGGAUGUUGAAGACGUGAUUGACACAUUCAAAGAUACUCUCAAACAUGCUUGGAUCGUGAAAUCCCCAGAGAAAUCUUUCGUUUUGAUUGCGGAAAAUGAAGAUGAGAAACAGCAUUGGUUUUUGAAUUUAAAAGCUUGCAUCAGACUCUUGAGAAUCAAUAAAGAGAAAGAGAAAAUUGAUUAUGCUCCGAUUUGGAUUCCUGAUGAUGAAUCAAAUGAAUGUAUGAGAUGUGAGGGUGGGAAAUUCACGGUAUUCAGAAGAAAGCAUCAUUGUCGAAAAUGUGGAGCGAUUGUUUGUUCGGGAUGUUCGACGAGAUCCGUGGUGAUCAAAGGACAAGGAAAUGAUCCGCUCAGAGUAUGUGAUGCUUGUUUUGAGAGAUUCUAUUCAGAGAGCGAAUCG